AUGGCGGCGGCGGCCUCAUCUUCCUCCUCAUCAGCGACGGCCGCCCGUCGGGAUGUAGAAGCCCAACAGUCAAACAAGUCACAAAAGAACUCGCAUUGGAGUAUCUUGACCGACCAAGCUGGUGUUGACGAUGCCGUUCUCAACCACAAGUAUUCCGGCCACGGCACAAACGAGUCGCCAUACCUUGUUGAGUUUUUGCCCGUGGACCCUAGAAAUCCAAUGACCUUCCCUAGCCUUUUCAAGUGGCAAAUCAUGAUCAUUUCAGCUGUAUCGACCCUGGCGGUUUCCUUCACUAGCUCUGCAUACUCGGGCAGCAUUCUCGCAGUCAAGGAUGAAUUUCACGCAUCGAUCGAGGUAGUCACUCUGGGGGUGUCCAUGUUCGUUCUCGGCUUUGCCAUUGGGCCCCUGUUCUGGGCACCAUUUUCAGAGCUUUAUGGCCGACAGAAGCUCUUUUUCUUGACGUACAUGGCCCUGACAGCUUUCAACGCGGCCGGCGCUGGUGCACCAAACAUGACAGCGCUCAUCGUGUUGCGCUUCAUGGCUGGUGCUUGGGGCUCUUCGCCGCUGACCAACUCUGGGGGCGUCAUUGCAGAUCUGUUUACAGCCACUGAACGAGGAAUCGCCACUAGUAUCUUUGCCAUUGCUCCCUUUCUCGGCCCUGCGCUAGGCCCCAUUGCUGGUGGAUUCCUGGCCGAAGCCCAAGGUUGGAGAUGGGUGGAGGGCUUGACAGCUAUUUUUACCGGCGCACUCUGGAUUAUCCAGACGCUUGUUGCUCCCGAGACCUAUUCCCCGGUCUUAUUGCGCAGGCGGGCCGAAGAAUUGUCCAGACGAACCGGCAAAGUGUACAUAUCCAAAGUCGAUGCGGCGAUGCCUCGCAAGACUUUGCUGGGUCAAAUUAAAGUCAACCUCUCACGACCUUGGGUCCUCUUGUUCAAGGAGCCCAUUGUAUUUCUCACCAGUAUUUACAUGGCCAUUGUUUACGGUACACUGUACCUUUGCUUUGCGGCCUUCCCAAUUGUCUUCCAAUCCCCUUACCCCGAAGGUUGGGGGUGGAAAGCUGGUGUUGGAGGACUCUCCUUUGUGGGCAUUGCGAUAGGCAUGAUUGCGUCGACAGCCGGUUCGAUAUUGGAUAACAGGCGUUAUGCGCGCAUAGCGGCGAAAUGUGGUGGCACGGCACCGCCCGAAGCGCGACUUCCUCCAGCCGUAGCGGGGGGUGUUCUUCUCCCGGUCGGUCUUUUCUGGUUCGCAUGGACGAACGGUACGAAUGUUCACUGGGUGGUGCCUAUUAUUGGAUCAUCAGUGUUUGCUGCCGGCUUGGUUUUGGUCUUCUUGUCUCUUCUCAACUAUCUCAUUGACUCAUAUGUGAUAUACGCCGCCUCCGUUCUCGCGGCUAGUGCUGUGCUUCGAUCUCUUUUCGGGUAUGGCGAGAAGAUUCGCCUGAAGUGCAAGUACUCCGCAGAGGCAUCGCAUAUUUUUCAGCAAAUACUGGCCAAGCAACAGCCAGCGCUGGAAGACGACGGCGCAACCGAGAGCGACGAAGGGAUGAGAGGAAAGCGGAACGAAGGUGUCAAAAGCGCGCCGACAGCAGUACUGCCAUAG